AUGUUGCCAACAGCUGUUCGCCUCGCGCUGCUCUGCCUCCUCUGCCACGCCGCCGAAGCAAAUCUCCAGGUGGCGGCCGCAUUUGGCGAUUUGGACGAAAUGAUUUGGUUUCUGAGCGAGGGCGCCGACAUCGACGGGCUAAACAGAGGUGUAACAGCAUUAACCGCUGCAGCAGCCAACGGCCAUUACGCGGUGGUCGAGUACCUGCUGAGCCAGGGGGCCUCCGUGGACAAACCUAACACAAACCAAUUCACGGCGCUGAUGGAGGCAGCGAGAGCGAAGCACAUCGACAUCCUGCGGCUUCUGAUAGAUAACGGAGCGGACUUGGAAGUGGCGAGAACGAAUGCUCUCUACCUUGCCGACAAAACCACUGAAAAUCACUCUUGCGCCUCAGCCACAGGAGCUCAGCAGCUCUGA